CUCCUGUGAACAACACUUUUGCAUCAUGGCUGGAGUCAAUACCUCCGUUUCACAACCCCCAUUCCCCAUCGCCAUCCGACCAGAACACAUCGCCACAACAGAAACUAAUCUCAUCAUCGAGCCAAAAUGCGAUGAUCACUCACCAGAAGAUUACAUCGUCAAAGACAGAGACGGCUCAACCAUCUUUGCAGUGGCAGGGAAGAAACACGGCGAGCGGACGGGUCGUGAAUUUCGCGAUGGCUCAGGGCUGCCUUUAUUUGAAAUGUACAGGGUAAUUGGGAUUUCACGACCGUUGAGAGUACGAUUACCAAGGUCGGAUGGGAAGAAAGAUAACCUGGUCGAAUUUUCCAUGUCGGUGCAUUAUGGGAAGUUUGACAUGAUUGUGCAGAAUGCUGCUGUGGAGACGGCAAAGCAUGAACAUGAUAAACAAACUACUGUUCAUGUGCGCCAGGUGUCUAAGGAGUCUAUCUAUAUAUGGGAGAUGCUUGUGGGAGACGUGAAGGUGGCCGAUAUACGGGAGAGUACGGAGAAGAACGAUUCGUUGGGGUGUGCUCCUCAAACAAAGACAUGGUAUCCCAAGCCUCCUAAGAGAAGGGUAUUGGAUAUCAAGGUUGCGGAAGGCUUUGAUAGUUCACUGGCGGCACUGACUGCAGUCGUCCAGCUCUACUUGUUGUACAGCGCCGAUUGA